GACCCAUAAUUCGGGUCCGAAAGAUGUCUAUUGUGCUUAAAAGGUGUGAGGGAGCUUGCCAUACAGACAGUGUCAGUGUUCAGCUCAACGGGAUGGCGAGCUCAUCCUUUCCAUCGUCUAUGCAGGCUCAAGAGUAUGAUCCGGCUCAACAUUCGUCCUCGGCUGACCCUUCUGGGACGGUCUCGCCGGCUUCUCUCACUGGGCUGACUGGGAUAGAGUCGGCGACAGGUUUGAACACUGAAAAGCUAGGAGAGACCAGUCGACCACAACGGACGACACGCGGACAGCAGAAUAUGGUCGGUGCAGAUUCAGAUCAGUCGAAAAAGUCUGUGUCUAUGGACGAUGCGAACGCUGUGGCCUCGGGAAGCGGGAGUAGGUCCUCUCAUUCGACAUCGACAAAGCGAUCUGCGAAAGCAGCUGCCAGAAAGGAAGCUGCACACCUGCAAUCCCAGGAUGAUCUGAACGAGUUCUUGGAAGAGUUUUGGACGAAGCAAAUAACAUUGAUGGAAGAGGAGGACGUUAGCGCGGGCUAUGCUCUGCCUUUGGCGAGGAUAAAAAAAGUCAUGAAGAGUGAUGAGGAUGUCAAGAUGAUCUCGGCAGAAGUACCUAUCAUGUUUUCAAAGGCAUGUGAGAUAUUCAUCGCGGAACUCACUUGUCGCGCUUGGCUCGUUGCGGAAUCACAAAAACGACGAACACUGCAAAAGUCAGACGUGGCCGCUGCGAUAGCUUGCUCAGACAUGUUCGACUUCUUGAUCGAUAUUGUUCCUCGGGACGACGUUGAAGGGGCAGGAGGCGGCACAGGUGGAGCGGGCACGACCGGUACAGCCAACGGAGCAGAUGAGGGCGAUGAUGGCGACGACGGUGGCGGCGAGGACGAGGAUGAGUUGUUGUAAAGGGGCUCAUCGUCAGGCUUCUCUUUGCACCAGUCAGU